AUGUCCCAAGAUGUCGCAAAUUGUCCGCAGGAAAUUCACGCUCUUGCUUCAGAGCCAUCAGAGGUCAUGAAUGUGGCUUCCAAUCAUACCCAAACCCCUGCCUCUCCCAAUCAAGUUGACAGAGCCGUCGUCCCGGAUGGCAGCAAAGUGUCGAAAAGAAACCAGAUUCCAAAGAAGUCCAGAAUAUCUGGAUCUAUGUCCCAAAUAGUAAAGGAUGCCGGUCAAUCAGACGGGACGAGUGUACGUGUGCAGCUGAAGGCGCGCAAGAGCGGCGCACUGAAAGAUGCACUCUCUGAGAUCGAUAGACUCAAUAUGGAACUCGUUGGGCUGAGAUUACGGCAAGAGCAGCUAGACCUCACAGAGGUAGCUCUGAGCGACCUCCAGAAAUCACUCGACGCAGAAAGACGCCGGGCGUUGGGCACUGCGCGAGCGCUAGAGGCUGCAACUAUAGCUACAAGUCGGCUGAGUGACCAUCUCUCAUGCCAGAUUUGUCUAGAAAUUCUCAAUGAUCCCUGGUGCAUCGCCCCAUGCGGUCAUAUGGGUUGCUUCAAAUGUCUGUAUAAUUGGUUCCUCUCGAGGCCUCCCGCCGAAGGAACAACCACCUUUCCAGACCCCUACGCCUUCAGAACUAACACGUGCCCUCAAUGUCGUACAUCUGUACGCGUCAGUCCUAUACCCUCAUUUCUCCUCAAGAAUCUUAUCGGAGAGAUGCGAAGCGCUGGCCUUUUGGAACCUACUUCACCAACUGUCCCGGCCAGUGAUUCUCGUACGGGCUUGCCAAAUGGGGCCCGUAUUUCCACAGAGAUGAGCACUGUAUUCGGUGGUGGUGGCGAAGUGGGUGAGGAAGAGGAACACGAGGCCGCGAUCGGCUUCUCAGACUCAGAUUCAUCAGUAGACGACACAGGGUUCCAAGCUCGGCGUGAGCAUUCGAAUCACCUCAUGCAAUGGGAACUCGACUUUCGCAACGACCACGCGGGAUCCAGUGCACUUUCGACCUCCGACAUAGCAGAAAUUGGACUGCCCCAGCGAGAGGUUCACGCCCUCCUUCGACGAGGUGCAUCCAAAGACAUGAUUCGGCUGUAUCAGAUGCGAUUCCAAAGGGAGCACGGCAUUACAGCCAACAGUGGGAGUGUCAGUGUACGACUCGGAUGGAAUCUGGCACGAAAUGCGAUGGAUGUCGACGGAAGUGCAUUCAUGCAGGCCACCAUGGAUGAAAUGCGAACUCACCGUGAGCGGUACUCAUCGAGCAGAGCAGGGAGGAUGGGUUCAGCGACUAUUCUGGCCAUGUUUCCGACAUCUAUCACCGGGCUAAGCUUUCUCAACUCCACUUUAAAAGCCAAACGUCCCCCAGGCUCAACAUUUGUGGAGAAACUCGACCGUGCGAUCAACCAGUCACUUCCAUUUUCAACAUCUUUAGAGUCUUCUCUCAAUCGAGGCGAUGUUAUCGAGAUCCAGGGACCCUCGGGUUCAGGCAAAACGGAGCUCUUGUAUUAUUUGGCGAUGACGACUAUUUUGCCCCACAACGUGCAGUUGACACUGCGUGAAGGACAUAUAGAGCUUGAUGUUGGAGCCAGGGAGAAGUCUGUUGUGGUCUGUGACUGCGACGGACAAUGGAACAUUUCUCGCUUUCACAAGAUUCUCAAGCAACUUCUCUGGCAGAGGGUAGAGGAUGCAUGCCCUGAUAGUGUUUCAGCAGAUCAAUCCCAGAUAGAGGCGCAACUCGAGGAGGUCGUGGUCGAGGCGCUCCGGAGGCUACAUAUCUUCAGGCCGACAUCCUCAGCCUCUCUGGCCGCGACUUUGCUCAUGCUACCGCGCUAUCACUUCGAGAACAUGAGAUACGAAGAAUUAUGUAUGCUCAUGAUUGACGGCGGCCUUAGUUCAUUCUACUGGCAGGACCGUUAUGUGGACGAACUUGGCCGUCAGCCAGGGGAUCCCGUCUCGACAGCAACGACAGGAGUGAUUCGAGCAUUGAGCUCCUUUCGACAGGUUCAUGAUGCGAUCAUCAUAUUCACCAACUGGGCCAUUUCCCCGCUAUCAAACUCGACCUUCUUCAAACAGCAUCUCCCUCCUCCUUGGCCAUCACCAUUUGAACUCGGACCUAAUGGAGAAUCUCAACCACGCAUAUCUCCGAUUGAGGUCACCCAUCACAUUACAUUACGUGACCCCAACCACUCGCCCGCCUCAGAUCAUGAACUGCUGCCAGAAGUGGGCCUAGUACGGAUUGAGGGCGUCGUGCGGACACCUCCCCGGGAUCUUCCAGAGACAAUUGUGACUCACUUUGAGUUUCAUGUCGGUGAUUCGGGCCUAACGGUGCUGCCGAUUGAGGAGGUUGCGGAGGGUGAAGGUACGAUUGAGGAGGAUUAG